GCUGCACAUUUCCGGGGCUGCUAGUUGCAUUUACCUACCUAAUUCCCUACCUGCCCUGCUCGAUGUAAGCUUCAGCCUCACAAUUACCUACAUAGCUGGUAGGAAUCUCAUCCAAAUCUGUGACCGAAACACAAUCCACGUCCUAUUUGCCUCAUACUUGUUCAGCUCCAGGCAAAAACCAAGCAUCCCUUGGCUCUUUGUUAUCCACGUACUCCGACAUGGGUUACGACGAAUCCUCCGACGAGCGACGAGCCUCACGGAGUGAUGGCGAAGAUGCUUACGAACGCGACAGGCGCAGCCGAAAAACUCGUCGUGAUGACCCGAGAAGAGAUAGAUCCCGCGAUAGAUCUAGGAACAGAAAACGCCACCGACGCUCACGGUCCCCAGUCGAUGCGCCUCGGCGUAGAUCAACAUCCCAAGAACGUGACCGCGGUAGACGGAGCGAGCAUAAACAGAGACGUCCACGCGACCACGACGAUCAACGUAGCGAAAGAGGCUCGCACCGCCGUCGGGCGAGAGACGACGACUACAAUAGCCGAGACGGAGGCGGCAAGCAAAUUGUGAAGCGAAAUGGCCCGCUGCCCUCCCAAGCUGAUUCAUUUGCUGUCACCCAAGGCGAAGAACCGCAAAAGCCAAAAGAGAAGCCCAACUAUGGAAAUACGGGCGCAUUAGCCGCUGCUUCGAAUUCGGUCGUUCAAUCAGAUGGAUCUAGGAUAGUACUAAAGUAUCAUGAGCCGCCCGAAGCUCGCAAAACAUCACCGAAGGACCAAUGGAAGUUAUUCGUAUUCAAGGGCGAAGAAGUCGUCGAUACAGUGCCCCUUAGUAGCCGUAGCUGCUGGCUAGUCGGUAGAGAAAUGGCAGUGGUGGACCUACCCGCCGAACACCCCAGCAUCAGCAAACAACAUGCGGUUAUACAAUUCCGAUAUGUUGAAAAACGCAAUGAGUUUGGCGACAAGAUUGGUAAAGUGAAGCCAUACUUGAUCGACCUAGAAAGCGCCAAUGGAACUAUGCUCAAUGGAAAGAAGGUGCCCGAGAGCCGUUAUCUGGAGCUCAGAGAGAAGGAUAUGAUUCAGUUCGGCCAAAGCACUCGCGAAUACGUGCUGAUGCUCGCCCCGAAGGACUAAGGACGGGAGGACUCCGAACAAAGAACACGGUCUCUCGUGUCAAUUACACAUGAGCUAUUCUUGUUACGCCAUCCUGUGUAACCACCGUGUGUGUCCGGUUAGGGUAGGACAGAUGAUGGCGCAGACAAUCACAAAAUCGACCUCAAACGGCCUCGCCUAGAUAGUAGGCAUUGAAUCCCUAGCUCCUCAUGUCAAAAUCAUCUCCACCUUCAAAGUAGUAGCGGCAAGGCCUUCUCACACCACCAGUUCGGCAUCGCCUUGUAUUUCCACCAAGGGCAGAUCAGAGAGGCUAUUAUCGGCAUGGCCCAACGAGGCAGUGCUGGUUGAUGUUCCACACCCAAGUUUACCUACGUUUAGUGAGAACUGAUCAGUCUACUACUCGCUAUCCCGAGACCAAGAAUUGGCUCUUGAGGUUGUGAAUUUUUUUUCUCAACAAUCACGAGUUUGAAUCUGUAUGCGGGUGACGGGUUUGGAACGUCAACUGGUAAAAUGUAUAA